CACCAAGAUAGAUUUCUGGAUUCAAGCUGUGAACAACCAUGGGAGAAUUAUUCCAGUGGAUAACAAGGACAGCCUGUACUUGGUUAAAACGGUAACCAUGGCUGUGUACGACAUCCCUGACCUGCUUGCCGGAAGAGGCUGCCUGGGGUCCGUGGUCUUCUCGGAGUCCUUCCUGACGUCGCAGAUUCUCGUCAAGGAAAAAGAUGGCAGCAUCAGCACGGAAACCAGUUACCUCGUCCUCACGGCCGCGAUCCCGAGAUCGGCAUCUUGGCUGGUGGAAGAGAAUGAGGUGAAACUGUCCGAACGAGCGCAGCAAAUCCUGAAGAAAGAAGAGUCUUUCCUGGGAAUCCUCCUGACCGGAGGCACUGGAGCGUAUAUUGUCGCUAGCAAUUCACUCUGUAGGCCGGAGGAAGGAAAGCUUGAUUUCUUUUCUGAGGGCCUUUUGUUCUGUCAUCCCCAUUAUGGCAGCAUAACCAUCUCCAAGGCACACAUGGUGUCCAUCCAGUUCUAUGACGGGGAUUCCACCAGUGUGGUUGCCUCGCUCUUUAUAGAAUACAAGCCUUCUCUGCUUCCUCAUUUACCGGUCCAGCUGCACACCCCAAACAACGUCCUGAUGAUUGCAGUUUUCCCAAAGUCAGCCCUUUAUAAAGCUUUCUAUUCCCAGGUUUUUUCCACCUGGCAACAGCCGGGAAAUUCAGGAGUAACGUUAAAAAUGAUCCAGGACAAUUGUCUGUCUGCAGAACAGGAGCGAUUACAUUCCAACAUGCAAAAGCUCUUUGAAGUCUCGUCCCAUCCUGCUGGAGAACGAUGGAACCAAGUAAGACUGCUUACCAGCCUUCCAGAUCUGGCCAGUUUUCUACAGCACUUUACCAUUGGUAGCGUCAGCCAAGAACCAGUGAUGAGGUGGCAUCUGCCAGUUCUUCUGCAGCAGACUGAGGACAUUCCUAAUAAUGAGAAAGAGAAUGAUAAGGUGACGAUUACCAUCCUGACGGGCCUUCCUGGAUGCCAGUCAAGCGAGCUGUGCUCAUUCUUGGUCACGUUUAACAAA